AUGUCUGAACAAGAGUUUCCCUUACUGACCUGGGAGGAGGUUCAUCAGAAUCUAGUGCUGUCCAGCCGCAGUCGAUCAACUGUACCGGAUCUCCUGGGCGCCAACAAAAUCACUUCGCUUUUGUCUGCAUCCUCGUACUUACUCCCAGAACGCUCUAUUAGUCCACAAACAGCGACAUCUCACCCUCAAACGCACCUUUACGGCGGCUUUUAUCUGGCAGAUCCGCCUAGUGGGGAUCAGCAGCCCGAGGCGCCUAAACCUAAGUCCUCGAAACGAACCAGAACAGAUAUCGAACCCCCGGAUGGCUCGCACUCAAGAAAACGAGGGCGACCUCGCAAGACAGCAGGCGAAGGAGAAGAUCCUCAUGAGGUGCGUCAACACUCCUCUUAUCUUGCUCUAGUUAGCAUUCUGCCUAUCAAGCUGACCGGGCAGCGACGUCGAAUGCAAAUUCGACUAGCACAACGGGCCUAUCGUUCUCGCAAGGAAGCCAGCGUUUCUUCCCUCCAAAGCCGCGUUCUUAAGCUUGAGAGUGCAGUGGAGCAGAUCAGCGCAGCAUUUUUGUCAUUUAGCGAUGAGCUGAUCCAAUCCGAUGUCCUGACCUCCCAUCCUCGGUUGACUCUCCGUUUACGGGACACUGUACAGCUCUGUUUGUCAUUGGCGAAAGGAGCCAAUAUGACAGAAGAUCAAAAUAUUACUACAAACGUGUCGUCCCCUAGCGAGGAAAGCCACUCGUCUUCAGAGGAAAAGGAGUCUCAGCGUAGGCAAAGUUCUCUCGCAACAUCGCCUCCUUCGAGAGAAUCUACGGGAAGCCAAGGUUUGGGGACGCUACAAGCUACCGGCUUCAGGGAACCAGCAGAAGAUAAGUAUCCCCACGAGGCACCUUCCCUGGAUCUGAGCGCCUUUAUCGAACGGCUUCACUUUGCGUGUCUCUAUGAAGGCUACUCAGCUCUCAGCAAUACCGCUGUUGGCAUGGAUGUUUUACAGAGACCAUUUCGAUUUCUCCUUCGCUUGAUGGAUAGGAAACGUGUAGCCUCAUACUUUGAAGCAUGCUUACACGCAAAAGCCAGUCGGAAGCGCCUGGAUGAGUGGAACGAGAUACCCUACUUCAAAAUCGGUGGCGCUGGUACCCACUAUCCUCGCAAGACAAAGGCAAGCUCAAACGAAACUCUGCCACGAUGGGAGAACAUCCAAGAUCCUACGUCAGAGCUACCGCAGGAGAUCCAGCAUGAGCUUGAUGGUGAGUGGUUUGAUAUACAGGACCUAGAGGGAUUUCUCCUGGAAAAAGAAGUUGCAUUUGUCGUGGGCGAUACGAACUCCAGUGAUAAGCGAAACGUAGUGAACGCGGCACAUUUAAUUCAAGGUCGGCAUCUGUUCCUCCUCUUGGUGUUUUCAUCCUACUGA